CUCUCUUCAACAAGCUUUGAUCUUGUAAAAUUCUUUCAUUCUCUAGAUCCUUCUUCUCUCCGUCCUCCAUUAAAACAGCUGUUUCAAGAACUAGCGGAUGCUGAGAGUUCUACUUACGGAUAAUUCUGGGGUUUUCAUGCUUGUUGAGGUUUACUUUUGAUUUGGUGUUUUCUGGAGAUUAAAGCUUAGAUGAUUAUGGAACCUGGACACGAUGAAUUCACUGAUUACGUUAAUGGUUUAUCUUUAGAUGAGAGUAUCUUCCCCGUCUUUGGUCAGUCUCCUGGGAUUACCAAUGGAUACAGAUUCAGAGAUGAACCUUUAGACCUCAGUUUCUUAGAACUUCCUGACCCAACACCAAAUUCCGGUCCCUGUACUUCAGAUCUAUCUUCGUGCAGGUCCUCAAAUUUUGAUUCCCCCGAUGAGUUUGCUGAUUGUGUUUUUAAGUACAUAAACCAAAUCCUUGUGGAAGAGGAUAUGGAGGCUAGACAGAGUAUGUUCCAUGACCCCUUAGCGCUACAAGCAACCGAAAAAUCGUUCUAUGAAGCCCUUGGUAAGAAUUACCCUCCUCCUGUUUUAAAUGUUGAAAGCCCUGAAGAAAACUUUUUCAGUAGCUCAAGUGAGUACAGUACAAACAGUAGCACAAGUGGUAGCAACUCCACCGAUUCUCACUGGCCUGGUGGGGAUUCCCUUGAGACCAAAUCACCAGUUGCACAAACUCCGUCUCUUGAAUACCCUUUGUUGUCGUCAUUUGGCUCUACCACUAGCAUUACUAAUGAUGGUUUUAGCACAAUGGAUUCACUGAUAAACACACACCUCGUUGAGAACAUAUUCACCAAUAGCGAGUCUAUCAUGCAGUUCAAUAGAGGUAAGGAGGAAGCUAGUAAAUUCCUUCCCCCUAGUAAACCUUUAGUUAUUGACUUGGAUAAAUACAACUUGCCUUCGAAUUCAAGAGAUGCUUCUCCAGAGGUUGUUGUCAAGGAGGAGAUUGUAGAGAUGGAUAUCUCAUCCAGUGGGUUCAGGGGAAGGAAGCAUUAUCAACUGGAGGAUAAUGUUUAUGAGGAAGAAAGGAGGAGCAAGCAGUCUGCUGUUUAUGUGGAAGAGGCCGAGUUAUCAGAGAUGUUUGAUAGAGUUGUUCUCUGUACUGAUCCCGGAGGUCCGUCCAUGUCUGCUUGUGAAGAACCUCCUAGGCAUGUAAAGAAAAAAAUGCAGCAAAAUGGACAAGCAUAUGGGUAUAGUAGUGGUUGGAUUACUCGUUCUUGGGGACAAGGAAGUUCAGGUGAAGCUAUGGAUGUCAGGACUCUGUUGGUGAACUGUGCGCAGUCAGUUGCUGCUGAUGAUCGUGUGACUGCAAAUGAACAAUUGAAACAGAUAAGACAGCAUGCUUCUCCAUUAGGGGAUGCUCCACAGCGGUUAGCUCAUAUCUUUGCUACUGGUCUUGAGGCACGCUUAGCUGGAACUGGUUCUCAGCUUUAUGCGAAUAAAACUGCCUUGACAAUCUCAGCUGCUGAAAAGUUGAAAGCCUAUCAGGUUUAUCUUGCAGCCUGCCCUUUCAAGAAGAUCGCCAUUUUCUUUGCUAAUAAAAUGAUAUAUGAAGCAGCUGCAACAUCUUCCACCCUUCAUAUUGUAGAUUUUGGUAUUGCAUAUGGUUUCCAGUGGCCUGUUCUUAUUAAGCAUCUUGCAGAGAGACCUGGUGGGCCACCUAAGUUGAGGAUUACUGGAAUAGAGCUUCCAAGACCUGGUUUUAGGCCAGCCGAGGGGGUGGAGGAGACAGGACGUCGUUUGGCCAAUUAUUGUGAGCGGUUUAAAGUUCCGUUUGAGUAUAAUGCCAUAGCAACUCAAAAUUGGGAGACUGUUAAAAUUGAAGAUCUCAAGCUCCAGAGAAAUGAGUGCCUUGCUGUGAACACUCUGAUUCGAUUCAAGAACUUGCUUGACGACACAGUUGUGGUGAACAGUCCACGAGACAGUGUUUUGAAGAUGAUUAGGGAUAUGAAACCUGAUAUUUUUGUUCAAACUGUAGUCAAUGGCUCUUAUAGCUCUCCGUUUUUUGUCACUCGUUUCAAGGAGGCCCUUUUUCAUUUCUCUUCCAUGUUUGAUAUGUUUGAUGCUACCUUAGACCGUGAGGAUGAGCAAAGGUUGAAUUUUGAGAAGGAGUUUUGUGGGCGUGAAGCUAUGAAUGUGAUUGCAUGUGAAGGUGCUGAGAGGGUGGAGAGGCCUGAGACCUACAAGCAGUGGCAAGUCCGAAACUCAAGAGCUGGAUUCAAGCUCAAACCCUUGAACCGGGAGCUUGUUUCAAAACUGAGAGCCAAGGUGAGAGCCGGGUAUCAUAAAGAUUUUGUGUUCGAUGAAGAUGGCAAAUGGGUGUUACAGGGAUGGAAGGGUCGGAUUCUGCGUGCUAGUUCAUGUUGGGUACCAGCCUAGGAGGCUUCUAUCGUCAAUUUCCACAUGAAGGCCAGGGGAAUUCCUUUAGAUACGUCUUUCAUGGAGCUCUCCUGUGUUGAUGUCCUGGAACUUUACAGAAGGAUUAUAAUGAAAUGUUGAGUUGGGGAUUGACUUUAUGGGUUAUUCAUGCUGUCAGAUGAUCUACUGUGGUGGCUGGUUUCCCUGGAAGAAUCUUUUGGAUGACAUAUGAA